UCAGAGGUGUGGUCUUGGUGUUUGGUUUGUCUUGGCUGAAGAAACAUUUUACGGAGAAAUCACACCUCCUCAUCAUCAUUAUGGCUUCUGGAGCUUUGUUUCCCAGCAUGGUGUCUGGCUCCCGCGGCUCCUCCAGUAAGUUCCUGGUGGAGUUUCGGGCAGGUAAAAUGACGAUGAAGGGCAGCAUGGUGACUCCCGAUAAGCGUAAGGGUCAGGUCUACAUCCAGCAGACGGACGACUCCCUGAUCCACUUCUGCUGGAAGGACCGCACCACGGGGAACGUGGAUGACGACCUGAUCAUCUUCCCUGAUGACUGCGAGUUCAAACGGGUCAACCAGUGCACCACGGGCCGGGUCUAUGUGCUGAAGUUCAAAGCCGGCUCCAAAAGACUCUUCUUCUGGAUGCAGGAACCCAAGAGUGAUAAGGAUGAUGAGUUCUGCCGUAAAGUCAACGAGUAUCUGAACAAUCCGCCUAUGCCCGGCUCGCUCGGCAGUGGCGGCGGCGGAGGACACGAUCUGUCUGCACUGGGAGGUGAGGGUGGCCUGCAGAGCCUUCUAGGUAACAUGAGUCACAACCAGCUCAUGCAGCUCAUUGGACCGACCGGACUGGGAGGGAUUGGUGGUCUGGGGGCUCUGGCUGGGCCUGGACUGGCCAACCUGUUGGGGAGCAGCAGCAGCAGCAGCAGCAGCAGUGUUCCUGCAGUCAGCAACUCCUCCACAAGCCCAUCCACCGCUGUCACGCCAACCUCCACCUCAACCGCCAGCCGGAUUGGCUCUUCCCAAGUUCCUACCACCCCCAUCACUCCCUUGCCCACCUCCCCCACAGCCACCACCCCCUCCACCCCUGCUGCAUCGUCUGUGGCAGCGGCAGCGGCCAACCCCACGCAGCCCAUCCAGCUGAGGGACCUGCAGAGCAUCCUGGCCACCAUGAAUGUUCCUGCCAGCAGUCAGGGAGUGGACCUUGCCGGCGUCUUGACCCCUGAGGUCAUGGCCCCCAUCCUGACCCACCCUGAGGUGCAGCGCAGGUUGAUGCCCUUCCUGCCAUCGGGCGAGUCGCUGCCUCAGAGCUCCGAGGAGCUGCACAACACGCUCAGCUCGCCUCAGUUUCAACAGGCGAUGAGCAUGUUCAGCAGCGCUCUGGCCUCCGGACAGUUAGGACCUCUGAUGAAGCAGUUCGGCCUGCCGGCAGAGGCCAUCGAGGCAGCCAACAAAGGAGAUGUGGAGGCGUUCGCUCAAGCCAUGGAGACGGAGACGAAGCCGGAUCAGGACAGCGACUCCAGAGAGAAGGAGGACGAUGAAGACAUGAGUUUAGACUGAAGACACCAACGUCUAUUUAUUUCCUGCUGUUUGUCUGAGCUUCAUGUUCAGGACGUAAUUCUCAGCUCUUUGAACCCACGUCUGCCGACGGACUUGUCACGAACCUGCAUGUUGUCUCACCACGAGAAAUAAA